AACGAAAAAUAUCGAAACUCCUCCGUCGUCCCCUUGGGAUUUGCUCGGAGGCAGCAGUGGGAUUCGCAUUAUUUGUCGCGCCGCGCGGAAGGGGUUGCCUAGCAGCUGCCCAGUUAUAUAUUCUGCUUUCUAGGUGGAAGCUAGCUAGCUAGAGGGCCUCUGCUUCACCUUCACCUCGUCUCGUCUGACGCUGGCUCACGCCUUCCAUGCGUUACUGAGGGAGCGGGAGCGCAUGCAUCGCGUGAGUAACCAGGGGAUGGGGAUGCCCCGGAGAUCCGCCUCCCUCUUCGCCCUCGCCUUCUUCGCCCUGCUGCUCUCCACUUCCCUGGCAGGGAGACAGCGGAGCUUCAUUGUAGAUCAGGAGUCUCUUGGUCGGCAAGGAGAGGUCCAGGACGACGCUAUGGCGCAGCAGCUGGUGCACUCCCGGAUGCUCAAGGACGUCACGACCAGUGACUACGGCACCUACGACCCAACCCCGUCCAUGGAGAAGCCCCACUUCAAGCUCAUACCCAACUGAUCCAACACCCUAGCUGCGUGAUAUGAUAUGAUAUGAUCCAUCUAUAUAUCUACGUCCAUCUGAAUGUAUAUGUGGAUAUAUUGAUCGAGGUAUUUUAAACUAGUCUGGCUAAUGUGAUAACUGAUAUUUGUAAGUUGUUCUAGACGUGAGGUGAGUACGUACGUGACAAAGAACUUAGUUGCUUGACAUAUUUAUACACUAUACUAAGUAUAUAUAGACAUAUUUGCAAGUA